AGGACAACGUCACUUCAUUCCUUAUUGGUCCCAUGAAAUCCAAACUUCCGCGCUUUAAUGACGUACUUGUCUCAAUCUAGUGCUAGAAGUGUCAGGCAGAGAACACAUCUUGUAAAACUGUAAAUAUAAAUAUGGCAGGCAGUGAAACGAUGGUCAAAAAAACUCAGUGCAAUGAGUCACUGUUAAUUAGCAGCCUCAGACGAUUCAGGGACACGUACAUCACCGACGCAAGGAGACCACUUAAUCAAACGGCAACUACAGAAAUGACAGAUGGGAAAACACCACUUGGAAGUCUUGGGAGUUUACCGGUGGAUCUUCAGUUCUUAAUCAUGACUCUGCUCUCCCCUCCUGACCUCUGUCAUCUGGGAGCAACCAGCUCCUACUGGCAGGUAAUGGUCCGGGACCCACUGCUAUGGCGAUACUUCCUGCUCAGGGAUAUGCCUCAUUGGCCCUCUAUAGAUCAUGUGACCAUGCCUCAAUUGAAGGACCUGAAAGCCUCACUGUUUGACAGGGAAGAGGAUACAGACAAGAUGCAAUUGGACCCACAACAAGACCUCAUGGCAGAGUACCUAAGAGGCUGCCCAGCCUGCAGACAGCGUUUGCAGCCGCCACAGCAACUCUAUAAGGUUGUGACUUCUCUCCUGCUGUCUUACGUGAUGUCAGCCGAGCCACGCUAUGCGAUGUUUGGGCCUGGGAUGGAACAGUUGGACGUCUCCAUUGUGUGUCGUCUCAUGCACUCCCCAGAGAUGCUCCCUGUGGUGGAAACUACCCAACGUCAGAUAAAUGGGAUUGGGUCUGGGAUUAGUUACAUGUACAAGAACCAGCACAAAUUCAAUAUUCUGACGCUGUACUCAUCUAACAGGGCAGAGAGGGAGAGAGCCCGUGUAGAGCAGCAGAGUGUAACCAGUAAACUGUUCAUCCUGGAGGGAACGGACCAGUCAGGACGCCCCAUCUACACCCCCACCCCUCAGGUCCAAGAAGUGUGCCAUAUUGUGAAUGGCUUCAUCUACGUGGCCAAUGCUGAACAAGGUGAAGGGGAGUUACAACGAGCUCAGAUCCAGGCUCUGUUGGGGCAUGCCAGGUCCGACAGACCCCUCCUGGUGUUGUCUUGUGUCUCCACAGAAGACCCAGACCUAUCCAGCCUCAGAACCAGGACCUCCUGUGUAGACAUGGCUCAGAGACUUGGUCUGCCGCUGCUACCCAAUCCUUGGAUGGUACAGGACACUGUAGCAGAGUCUCUCUCUGGGUUCCUGGACGGCAUCUCCUGGCUGCUUCAUUAUUCUGGUGUCAGGUUGUAGAAGUUCACAUACAUAAGCAUGCACACACUAAGAAAGCCUUGUAUACCUUGAUAACAUUUAUGAAAUAUGAAUCAAAAACCCCCCCCAAAAUAAUUGUGAAAAAUAUGCGUUCUGUCUUGAACACAAUUUUCUCUGAUUAAAGCACUGGUUUGCAGUUCAUAUCUCCCAAAGAGAGUACAUUCUUUUGUACCUCAUCUGGUUGAAUAAAGGUUAAAAUGUGCCUUAUUUAAGGAAAAGUGCAAUUUCAGUUGAUAUUUUGCAGGUGCAAAUUCUAUUUUUGUUAAUUGUUGGUUUCAAAAUAUGAAGUAUUUUAUACAGUGAUCCAAGCAACCAUUAAUAUUAUUUGUAAUAUUAUAUACAAAAAAUAAAUUAUACAAACUU